UUGAGAAGUUGUGGUGGUUUUUUUUUUAACGUCGCCAAUAAAAAAAAACAUCCUUGGUUUAAUACACCUAUUCAAUUUUUACUUUCCCCCCGUCCUCGGUUGAAUUACACCUGGGAGGUUUGUUGAUCGCACCCCGCAUUCACUUACAGGAAUUGAUAACCCACUUACCAUUGGGCCAUUUUUAUAACGAGUUAAAAAAAAAUUCUUCUUGUCGGCUUUUCAUCCCCCUCACACAUCGUCGAUUUUCUGCGAAUAUUUUCGACACGACAUUCUUGAACUGGCGUAACAGAUCUCUCGCAUCGCCGAUACUAUAUUUUCUACUGGUUGAUUGACCUAUUUAGGUUUCGACUUGAGUUCCACUUGCUGUUGGAAGCUUGAUCAGCUUGCAUCUAUACUUGUGGAGGGCCACCCAGGGCUGGUGAGGUGCUUCCAGGGCUGGUUGAGCGCCUGGCGUGUCGGUGGACGUGGGAAGAUUAUCUACCCCCUCACCUAUUACAGGUACGCGACAGACCAGUAUUCUGUCGCUACUCUGCUGUACAACCUCAUAAACUGCAAGACUCGCAUACGAAUAUCGUCAGGUCGAGUCUUAGCGCCAUGUCUAAUUCGGCAUCAUUUUCGUACGCUCAGGCCGCUAAAGGCCAAUCUACUACAAUUCCACCUGCUACUGCGUCCCAGUCGAGUUCGCAGAGUCAAGCGCCAUCGACCACAAGCACGCAAAGUCGCGACAUCGUCCCUACGCCUAGCACAAGGGCCCCCUCUGUCGCAAUCUCGACAACAUCGAAUGAAUUGGAUGGCUCGCAAAAUACUGGUAAUUCCUCUGUGAAGGCUGAGUCUGUUAGCUUGAAUAGCGUCGAUUCGGAUAUCACCUCUACUAGCGACAAGGCAGCAGAGUUAUCUGGCCUACCAAACCAGGGCGCUGAAAAAGCAUUAGGAGAAGUUGUACCACAAAGCGCUGAGAGGCGCGGCCGCGGUCGGGGCCAGACCCUCACUUCGCAGACGACGGAUGGCGGUGAUGGUAAGAGGGGUCGAAAGGGCAAGAAAAGCCGAGCAAGCGAGAAAGAGUCUGCUCAAGAUCAGGACCAAGAGAAGAAGGAGAAUGUACCCCCCAAGCCCGAGCUGUCUGAAGCACCAGUGCCAGCAGUUAACGUAUGGACACAACGACAGGAAGCUAGGGCUGCAAAGAUCAAGACAGCCUCGCCUACGACUACGCAACCGCGUAGUUCCAGUAGCGCAACCGCCAGUCAAGUUGACGGAUUAUCCAAUACAAAUACAAAUACACAGGAUCAGAAGCAAAAGACACCUCAAAAUGAGGGUGCCGAAGUAGGUGGAACUAGCAGUAGGCCCUCAUCCGGUGGACCGAAAUCAUCUAAGAAGGACUUCGAUCCAUUUCGAAGCAAUGGACAAGUCCCCCGCAGGGCGGCGCCUAGAGGGGCUAGGUUAAACGGCGAAGAACGAGUUCCUUUCGAGGCUCUCAGCCCGGCCGCAACUAACACUUCGUCCUGGCCAACGCCUGAAACAGCUGCAAACGGAUUGAAGACUCAAGCUCAAGGUGGAAAAUCCGAGAAAGAGCAGAAGGAUGAGUCCGGUCCGAGCAAGCCUCGGAGCAAGAAGGAGUGGCAGCCUAUAGAAUUCGUUCCUAGCGUGUCAUUCAACACUCCUAUACCUUCGAGAGGCGGUUCGCGAGGCGGUCGUGGUGGUCUCAGGGGCGGACGAGAUUCUUCGGCGAGAGGCAAUCAUGCUGCUAGUGUCUCACUUGAUCGAACCCAGCACAAUGGUGCGGCUGCAGGAUCCGCCGCUGGCACACCGGCGGGAUCCAAACGUGCAUCUGUUGAUGUGUCGGCAGGCCGCGACGGCCGAAAGCCCCUGACCCAGUCGGCCUCGGGCAAGGCUUCAGGAGAAGCGCAAUCUGCCAGCUCAAAGGCGGAUACAUCGAAGCAGAGCCAGCCCGAUUCGGCCUCCAACGGGGCUUCGAGCCAGAAUGCUCCGGCUCGGGCUACGAGCUCGAACCAGCGAGCUGAUGAGACGCAGAGGUCAUCACAGCCUGCAAGAGAUGGCGCUAGGGACUCGAACUUCCAGGGUCAGAACCCCGUGGGCCGUAGCGAGCGCGUAAGAGGUGGUGGCCGCGGUCGUGGAGGCCACGCUGCUGUGAACGGAGCCGCCCAUUCUCAGUCUCAGUUUGGCCAAGGCGCCAAUGGAUACAAUUAUCCGGGCAAUGGAAGCAUCCGACAAAACGGCCACCAAUACCCCAAUGGCUACGUGCAUAUGCCAUACGGAGGCGCUUAUCCAGCUCAGGCAGCAGGAGGCCAGCACCGCAGUCGACCUAGUUCAGGAAGCAAUCGCACACAACAUGGUAGACAUCCGUCUUCAAGAGCCACUCCUUACACAGGAAUCAAUAUGGCAUAUGAAGCCCCGGUCUAUCCGCAUGGCCAUGGUCCGUAUGGUGGGUUUGCGGAUCCUACUCACUUAUUAAGCGGAGUAUUAUCACAAGUCGAGUAUUACUUCUCUAUCGACAACCUUUGCAAGGAUACCUACCUUCGAAAAUGCAUGGAUUCUCAAGGGUUUGUGCCCCUGAAUGUCAUAGCUUCCUUCAAGCGAAUGCAAGAAAUAGCCGACUAUCAGAUUAUUCGCAUAGCCUGUGACGCUUCACCUCAUAUCGAAAUCAUCAUAACGGAUGAUGGACACGAGAAGGUACGACGCCGCGAAAAUUGGGAGCAGUGGGUCCUCGAAAUGGGGUUGCGAUUCUCACACGCUCAGAAUGACGGCCCGAAGAGCUAUCGUGCAUACAACAGCCAAAUGCUGUACUGGCCCCAGGUGCUUCCAUAUGGGGGUGAGGCGCCUCCCAUGUUCUCGCCAACUAGUGCGGAAGCGCAUUUCGCGGCUUAUAUGUAUGGCAACGGCGUGACCUCCCCAACUAGCAACGGUAUUAAUGGUCAUACUCGCCCCUCCGAUUCCCAAUUGUCUGCGACGGUUCCGGAGUUCUCACCAACCGCCAACCUUGCAAUGGGUACGGUGAGCCAGCAGGGCGAGGCCCAGUCCACAUCCUCUGGUAAUGGCCCGGUGUCAGAUAAUACUGACGGAAAGACUACUGCUCCGCCUUUGGGUGAACAAGCCAGCUCUCUCCCUAAUGGUUCUCACGAACAAGGAAGCCAGGGACAGAUUAGCCUAGGUGAUAACUCGGCCACAAAUGGAAUUAGUGUCAGCCAUGAAACUGAGGCGCACUAAUUCAGUCCUUUGGGCUGAUUCUAUGAAUAGUUCAUGAGGCUUAGAUAGCCAUAUU